UCCUUAAACGCCUCGUAAUCCAGCCCAGCCGCCGAGCACUCGUAGCCAUUUUGGUCGCACCUAAAUCAUCCCAUCGAGCUCCUCGUCCACUUUGGGCGGCCCGCCAUGGACCGAACCGAGCCGACGGCGAGGAUUUAUACCGUUGAACCCGUUUGAAUCCCUUCCGCCCGACGACAUACCGCCGCCGCCUGGCAUUGGAGGACAUGACUCGUCGCUGCUAGGCUGACUUGAGAGCGGAAAAAAAACCGGGGCGUUUUUUGGGGCUUUUUUUUUUUUUUUUUGGAAGUGGUGACCGAGCAGCGCCUCCGUCAACGUUGGCCGAGUUCACUUCGCUCCGACGGGCCCCGGGAAGACUUGGUAUAACGAGCGUUUUGCUUUUUUUGCCCCUUGUGAGCAACUCCAAAGUGUUGCUUCACCACUUGGUCGGAGAUCCAUGCGACUGUGGCCCUCUUCCGCCGCCGCGGGAUCGAACGAGGUGUCACCGGAUCGCGGGCUGCUUGCCGUCGCUUGAAACAUCAUGUCCACCAAAAGCCCUUUGCCCACCGUCAACGAGAAGGCCACCGAGAGUCACACGUCCUCUCACGGCAAUGGCCGACAGGAAGUCGCCGGCUCGCGCUCGUCCCGCUCGGGGUUGCGCUCGCGCAGCUCCGAAGAGCCGCAGCAGCCGCACGUGGGCAACUACCGCCUGCUCAAGACCAUCGGCAAGGGCAACUUCGCCAAGGUCAAGUUGGCUCGUCACAUCCUCACCGGCAGAGAGGUGGCCAUUAAAAUCAUCGACAAGACGCAGCUCAACCCCAACAGUCUUCAGAAGCUCUUCAGAGAAGUCCGAAUAAUGAAGAUCUUGAAUCAUCCCAACAUUGUCAAGCUGUUUGAGGUGAUCGAGACGGAGAGGACGCUCUACCUGGUCAUGGAGUACGCCAGCGGAGGAGAGGUCUUCGACUACCUGGUAGCGCAUGGAAGAAUGAAGGAAAAAGAAGCCAGAGCUAAAUUUCGACAGAUUGUGUCGGCGGUGCAGUACUGCCACCAGAAGCACAUCGUCCACCGAGACCUCAAGGCGGAGAACCUGCUGCUGGACGCCGACAUGAACAUCAAGAUCGCCGACUUCGGCUUCAGCAACGAGUUCACGCUGGGCAACAAGCUGGACACCUUCUGCGGCUCGCCGCCGUACGCCGCGCCCGAACUCUUCCAGGGCAAAAAGUACGACGGGCCCGAGGUGGACGUCUGGAGCCUGGGCGUCAUCCUCUACACGCUCGUCAGCGGCUCGCUGCCCUUCGACGGGCAGAAUCUGAAGGAGCUCCGCGAGCGCGUGCUGCGAGGGAAGUACCGCAUCCCCUUCUAUAUGUCCACCGACUGCGAGAACCUCCUCAAGCGCUUCCUGGUGCUCAACCCGGCCAAACGCGGUACUCUCGAGCAAAUCAUGAAGGAUCGAUGGAUCAAUGCCGGAUUCGAAGACGACGAGCUGAAGCCUUACGUCGAGCCCGAGCUGGACAUCACUGAUCAGAAGAGAAUAGAUGUGAUGGUGGGCAUGGGCUACAACCUGGACGAGAUCCAGGAGUCUCUGGCCAAGAUGAAGUACGACGAGAUCACCGCCACCUACCUGCUGCUGGGCAGGAAGGCCUCCGAGGUAAGCGCCCCCGCACCCUCGGCGUCCAGCAGCAACCUGUCGCUGGCCAAGCCCAGACCCAACAGCGAGCUCAACGGCCAGUCGCCCUCGCACCUCAAAGUCCAGAGGAGCGUGUCGUCCAACCACAAGCAGCGACGCUACAGCGAGCAAGUCGGCCAGAACGCAAGCGCCGGCACGGCCCACCCCAAGCGCAGCCAGACGGCCGCCGUCGACAACGGGAAGGACGACGGCGGGGUCCAGCUGCGCAAAUCGGGAGCCCCGGGGAGCCGCGGCGCGGCGCCGCCCGCCAGCCCGCUGCUGGGCAACGCCAACAACCCCAACAAGGCCGACAUCCCCGAUCGCAGGAAAGCCGGCGCCGCCGCACAGGCCAACAUCACGGCGUCGGCGGGGAUGACCCGCCGCAACACGUACGUGUGCAGCGACCGCAACAACGCCGACCGGCUCUCCGUCAUUCCCAACGGCAAGGAGAACAGGACGGGCUGGGCCACGCUGCCGCACUCCUACUACGCGCUGGACUACUGCUCGGCCAACACCUACAACGGUCCGCCCGCCUCGCCCACCCUCUCGCACGACGCCUCGCCGCUCUCGCAGGCGCGGAGCCGCGCCACCAGCAACCUCUUCUCCAAGCUCACCUCCAAGCUCACGCGCAGAAACAUGUCGUUCAGGUUUACCAAAAGAGUCUCCACAGAGUUUGAGAGAAACGGGAGACUGGAGGGCUCAAGUCGCCACGUGCCCGUCGGGGAAGCCAAGGGCGAGGGCAAGGACGGCAAGCCGCGCUCGCUGCGCUUCACGUGGAGCAUGAGGACCACCAGCUCCAUGGAGCCGGCCGACAUCAUGCGGGAGAUCCGCAAAGUGCUGGACGCCAACAACUGCGACUACGAGCAGCAGGAGAGCUUCCUGCUGCUGUGCGUGCACGGCGACGGGCGGGCCGAGAACCUGGUCCAGUGGGAGAUGGAGGUGUGCAAGCUGCCGCGCCUCUCGCUCAACGGCGUGCGCUUCAAGAGGAUAACCGGCUCGUCCAUGGCCUUCAAGAACAUUGCCUCCAAGGUGGCCAACGAGCUCAAGCUAUGAGGGGCCGCCAGCCCGGCCGUACAAUCUCCCGCGUAGCAACUUUCCAACAGCUCUACUUUUUUAAGACACAAAAAACAAGACCAGAGAAGUAUGUCAUGAGUCGAAAUCAUGUACCUUUUUGUUUCCUUUUUUGGGCAAUAAUAUCACUCGACCGCCGACUACUUGCUCCUUCUGGCCACACGGGGGCGACCUAGUUGAUUUGUGUCCUGCUGUGAACUGUGGACGCAAACGAAGAAGAAUUUCUAGUCUUAUUUAUUUUCUCUUUUCUUUCCCCCGUCCCACUCCCGAAAAAAGAUUAAAAUCACCAUGUAGCUUU